UCAGGAAAAACUACCUUCAUCUCUUCUACUUAACUCAUCCACUUCAUCUGUAUGUUGCCAUACAAAGGUAUAUUCACUCCUUUACACACACACAAAUAGAGAGAGAGAGAGAGAGAUGGAACGAGAAGGAACUAAGCAAGUGCUUAAGAAAGGUCCAUGGAAUCCAGAAGAAGAUUUGCUCCUUACGAGAUACAUAGAGACCCAUGGAGAGGGGAAGUGGGCGAUUGUUUCCAAGAGAUCAGGCUUGAUGAGGGAAGGGAAGAGCUGCAGACUGAGAUGGAAAAACUACCUCAGACCGAACCUCAAACGCGGAGGGAUGUCAGAGGAGGAAGAGGACCUUAUCAUCCGAAUGCAUAAGCUUCUGGGCAAUCGGUGGUCACUGAUUGCAGGUAGGCUCCCUGGUCGAACUGACAAUGAAAUAAAGAAUUACUGGAACACCCAUCUCAUCAAGAGGUAUCCGCAAUGCAAAAGAGUGGAUCAAUCCAACUCAAAGAGGAGAAAGCUCUCUCAUUCAACCAAUGAUCGACCCAUUUGCAGCGGAACUACUCACAGUACUACAAAGAAAUCUGACGACGAAGGUGGUAAAAAUUCAACAACUGUCCCCAAUGACACCAAGAGUGGCAAUCACGACGUAGAAUCUCAUCAUCUCUCAGCGUACCAAGGUACAUUCUUCGAGGACGCUUUCCUUCCGCCACUGGACUCUGUUGUUUUGUUCGAUUCAUUUGGAUGUAGCUCUGAGUCAUCUUGGACCGAAUUUCAUUUCUACUUUCCGGAGGAAAUGUACCCAGUCCUACCAUAGUCAGCUUGUUUAGUGAUGUAGCUCUCGUAAUAAUCUACCUCUAUUGCAACUGUUAUCGUCCACUCCACUCUUUUCAGGCUAAUUGUAAUCAUCUAUGAACAUAGUUAUUAUG